AUGAAUCUUCUUAAUGUGACUCAAGAACCCUGGUUCUCAAAGUUUCUUAUCCUACACUCAGAAGACCAGAACUGCCCACUCGAAAAGAUAUCUCCCUUUGUGACUGCAAAGGCUCUAGAACAGUUAAUAGGGAAAUCCUAUGAGGCCAAAAAGCUAAGAACAGGUGACAUUCAGGUUCUAGUUCAGACCAAACAACAGAGCGCAGCCCUCCAAUCACUAAAGAAAAUUGGCGAUACACCUGUAUCUGUCACAGCACAUCGCACUCUGAACAUUGUUAAAGGUGUGAUUUCUGUGGAUGAAUUGCUCCCAUGCUCAGAUACCGAAAUAGAAGAAGGCUUACAAGAUCAGGGAGUCGUGCUCGCAAAAAGAAUUGUAAUGCGCAGGGAAGGCAAGGAAAUACCAACUAAGCAUGUAGUCCUGUCCUUUCAGCUCCAUACACUUCCUUCUUCCUUGAAGGCAGGAUACAUCAACUGUCAAGUAAGAGCAUAUGUUCCUAGCCCGAGGCGCUGCUUUAAAUGCCAACACUUUGGACACAGCUCGCAGACCUGCAGGGGACAUGCAACAUGCCCAAAAUGUGCUGAGAAAGACCACACACCAGAGCCUUGCCAAAGUAACGUAAAAUGUGUAAACUAUCGUGGCGAGCACCCCGUCUACUCCAGGUCGUGCCCCCGAUUUCAAGAAGAAAAACAAAUCUUAAAAAUAAAGACAGAGCAAAACAUCACAUACAAAGCAGCUAAGACACAACUGGAAUUUCAGAAUAAAGGCACUUUUUCCGAAGUGGUGCGCAGGGGAGUGGCACCACUCGGAGUAUCUGUGGAGACCCAGACUCCUGGACCUCCACUCCACACUCCCCAAAGAAAAGAGAGGGCCACGGAAGUGUCCCCUCAGGCUGGCCAAACUGCCAGCCCAAACGGGACGGCAACAACCUCAUCAGAGGUUGCUGGCUCCCCUUCUGUUUGGGACGAGAUUACAAGCUAUCCGUCCCAAGCCCUAACCAUGGAAGUUGACGACGACGACCGCUCAUCACAGAAGUCGUCGUCGAGUCUUCCAGCUGGUUCUUCUCAGGGGAAGGACAAGCGGGAGAAGUCAGGUGGUAGAGGUAGAGGAAAGCAUAAGGAGCAGCAGAAAAUACCCCCACCAAGAAUACAGGCUCCAAAAAGCCAUGCAGAGACAACACAAAAUUCACAUAAAAUACACACACUACACAAUGCAGGUGUUCCUUUUCCUCCUCCUAAUUACCUUAAUGAAGCCUAG